AUGCUUAUUCCCAAGGAGAACCGCAAGGCCAUUCACCAAACUUUGUUCCAACAAGGUGUCCUCGUUGCCAAGAAGGACUUCAACCUUCCCAAGCACCCUGAAGUUGGUGUCCCCAACUUGCAAGUCAUCAAGGCUUGCCAAUCCUUGGACUCUCGUGGUUUCCUCAAGACCCGUUACAACUGGGGCUACUUCUACUACACUUUGAACAACGAGGGUGUUGAAUACUUGCGUGAGUACCUUCAUCUUCCUGCUGAGGUUGUGCCCGCUACCCACAAGCGUCAAGCUCGUCCUGCCGCUCCCCGUGCUACUCGCCCUGAACCCCGUGAGCGCGCUGCUGCUGAUGCUGGUUACCGUCGUGCUGAGAAGAAGGAUGAUGGUGCUGCCCCUGGUGGAUUCGCUCCUUCCUUCCGUGGUGGAUUUGGCCGUCCCGUUGCCGCCUAA